AUGAAAAGAACAGAUGAUAAAAUACGCUCUGCCAUUAUCAAUUUUGACGAUUUCGAUUGUCCUAUUUGUACUGAGCCAUUCAUUGCUCCAAUAUUCCAGUGUGAUAAUGGCCAUCUGGUUUGCUCUGUUUGCUGUCCUAAACUGAGGAACAAAUGUCCUUCUUGUGCUUUUCCUAUCGAUGAUAAAAGAUGUAGAGCUAUGGAAAAAGUUCUUGAAACGAUUCGUAUCCCAUGCUCUGUGCUAGGUUGCACCAAAGUUCUAUGUUAUGGAGAAUUAUCAGCCCAUGAAAAAGAAUGCACAUUAUCUCUUUGUGCAUGCCCUGUACCAGGCUGCAAGUAUACUGCCUCAUACAAGAAUAUCUACGAUCACUAUAUCACUGGCCACCUGAAAGGUUCCUGCUGGGGAAGACCUAUGCUUGAUAUGUUUACAUCCGGCAUGUCUUUUUCUGUCGAGUAA